UGCGGAAUUUAUAUCGAUGACUUUGAGCUAGGCAUUUCAAACUGGUAUAUGUUUCAUGAAGGGCAAUUAUAUAAUGAGGAAACAAUUUAACAUUAAAAGCAUAUCACAGGAUGUGAUUAAAUUCUUUAAUGCGUUACUAAAACUAACUAAUGUGUAUGAAAUGGUUGACCCUUUAAACUAAAAUGAAAUUAAAAAAUAAUUAAGUGUUACUUAUACAUGCACCUGGUUUGUUAGUGAAACAUAAAGGCGACAAAUAUUAGCUGCAUAUAAUAUUUAAUAAUGCUGCAUAAUAAGUUUUAUCAUAUACAAUGAAAAAACAGCUGUUAAAAAUCGUCCAAUUUAUUGUUGCACAUAAUAACUGAUAGUUCACAAAAAUAAUGCGAGAUGUGACACCACAUCUGCACGCAGAAAAUAUACAAGUAUUUUUUUUAAUGUACGAUGACUUUACAAAAAGUUAUAAUGUCCAUAUAUUAUUUCCAUAUAUAGAUAUAAGUUUCAGUUCUGCUUGUUCUGUUUUACAUAACCACAUUCUUUACGAAGAUUUAUAUAUUUGUAUAUCCUGAGUACUUAUUCUUGAUCUAAAUAUGUACAAGUUGCAUUCUUUCAAAACCAAAACCUGUUAAUGCCAGAGUACAUUUAUUGUAUAAAUAGUUACGUUCAAUCGAAAAUAUAGGAAAGAAUGCUGUUUGCGUGAAGUGCAGGAAAUUUGUUUCAGGAAGAAAGCCUGUAUAAUCAAGGAAGAAAUGUUUUUGCCAGAUACUUUCUAGCGUGUAAGUUUGUGGUGCGGUAUAAAGUAUUUUUGAUACAUUUAUUGUUGUAAUAGAAUGUAGAGAAAUGUGUCCCGAUUUUAACAUACAUAACUCUUUUUUACUUUACUUCGUUUGUGUAUUGUUAUAUAUACAGUUAUCAGAGCAGAACCCAGUCAGACCAGAUACAAAUGCCAAACAGUGCAAAACAUGGAAUGAAACUUUACACAAAUGUCAAGAAUGCAAUUUGGGCUUCGUUGGUAACAAUUGUGAAAUAUCUUGCCGUUACCCUGGCUAUGGUAACAACUGUCAAAGUGAAUGCAACUGUCAUAAAAAUUACUGUAACCCAGCUACUGGAUGUAAAAGUGGUUCACCGACACUUUCAUCACCAAAGAGGUUGAUGACCUCUGUAGAAACAAGUUCUGUCGAAUUCUCUACAGCAAAUAAAAUAGAAUGCCCAGCGGGUUAUUUCGGAAAGGGGUGUAAUAUUCCCUGUAGAUAUCCAAAUUAUGGUUAUCUGUGUCAGUUAAAGUGUAACUGUAACAAAGAACGCUGCAAUAUUGCAAAAGGGUGUGCUGAGUGCUCGGAGGGAUACAAUAGGAGUGGAUGUGAAAAACAUUGUCAGUAUCCAGCCUUUGGCGGUCGUUGCCAAAGAAAAUGCAACUGCAGUAAAGAAUACUGCGAUCCCUUAAUGGGUUGUAAUGUGUCCAUUCCGCCUUGUGCCUCUGAUGAACGUACGCAAACUGAAGCCUUGAUUUACAUUACCAUAGUUCUUGGAGUAUGGGCAGCUGUACAAUGUGUGAUAUAUUUCUGUCUUUCAUGUGGUUUGGUAUCGUGUGAUUUUAAUACAAAAUAUAAUGUAUUUGAAUAAAAUGAUAUUAAAAAAUUUUUACAUGGACAUAAAAGUUAAAUAAAUAAUAUGUUGAUAUAAAAUGGAGUUAAUCAAUAUUUCAAAUCGAAUAUUCAAAAGAUUUUAAGGUAUUUUCAUCACUGAUUUGUCAAAUACGUUUUUUUUCCUAAGUAUAAUCGAUAUCAUAAACCUUCUUAAUGUAAAACUGUUAAAAUUAAUGGUAUGAUACAUGGCAUAUGCAUUAUUUGUAUCCGAUUCGGCUAUUUAUUGAUAACAGAAAUGAAUAUAAAUAUGUUGGAAUAAACGUGCAAAUCAAGUCAGAGUUCUUUCAGCUUGUCUUAGUUUUUCACUGGUAUGAAACGAGAUAUUAUCAUCAAAGAUGGCCCGAUGAAAAAAAAUUCAACCGUAACGAGUGUGUUAUGAUUAAUCUCUCUCUCUCUCUCUCUCUCUCUCUCUCUCUCUCUCUCUCUCUCUCUCUCUCUCUCUCUCUCUCUCUCUCUGCUAAUAAGUUUACUGUUUUUAUUUCAAAAAAUCUUUUUAUUGAUUUUCAUCAAAGUUGAUAUAAAUAAGAAGCGUUGCCCUGUUUUUAUUUGACAAGUUGUUUAAUCAUUUUGUUUCUUAAAAAAUUUAGAACAGUGAACAAAAAUGCAAACUUUUACUAUGCAGCAUAGGAUUGAAGAUGUUAAGUGUAUAUGAAAAUAAUAGUUACAUACAUGUACAUAGUCAAUUCAUAAUUAAAACAUGUUAAUGUGGUGCUUUUUAGCAUUUCGUAGUACUUUGUUGUUAUGAAAUAUAUGAUUUAUGUCAAAUUUGGCACCAUAGUUCGCCAUAUUGUAUGUGUUUCAGAGACAUUAAAUUGUUCUUUCAUUUUUAAGAAAAGUUUGUUGGUAUUAAAGAUAUUUUUGUUCCAUUUUUUUAAUUCAAUUGCACUCUCUGGCAGUUUAUGACGUCAGAAGAGGCGUUAUUUUUAUCAUUUAAUCAAAAUCAGUCAUUAAUUGACCUUUUCUAAUCUUUUUUCAAAUGGAAAAUAUUGAGCGACACUUUAAACAAGAACGAAUUUUUUGUCACUUAAAAGUACUGGAUAAGUAUAUCUUUGCGGAAAAUAUUUCGUUUGUUCAAGCAAUUGCUCAAUGUUUCCUAAAAGAAAAACUGCUUCAAAACUAGCUGUUUUAUGCUUAAAAUGCGAAAAUGGCGAGGAAAGGUAAAAUUUAUGAUGUCAUAUUUUUAUA